UGCACUCCAGCCUGGGUGCCUGAGCUACACUCCCUCAGAAAAAAAAAAAAAAGGAAACAUUGAGGCUUUGGAUAAUGUAAUUCUUUCGGUGGGUUUGGAUAGCUUUAGGUGACUGCUAGGUGGAAGGCAUCAGGACAAGGACUGUCAGUGGAGGGGUCUGAGCACCAUCCUGGCACUAUAUUCAUCCAUUUACACCUUUGCGCACACAUGCUGUGAUUUGCUCUGAGUUGCAGCAUUGGGCAUAGAGAAGUGUUGCCCCAUGUGUUUAUAGGAGCAAUUUGAUGUAAGAGAACAAUCUCCCCAGCCAACUUUUUGUCAGUAUAUUCAGAAAGUUGUAAACUUAUCCAGUAUUAUAUCCCCAAGAAGCAGGAACUAAAAAAUGACAGCCCUAAUGAAGGGUGGAAAGACCUCUUCUGAAAUGAUAGAUUCUCUGUAGCACCCAUGAAGUAGGUUUGGCAAGCCACUGAGUUUUUGAGGUGAAAGCAAAAUUUCCUACUGUGAGCCAAAUAUGGGAGUAUCAUGGCAGUUCUAUUAUGAAUAUCUAUGUGUGGCCCUGAAAUGGGCCUAAAUGUGACUUGUGGAGUUAAUCAUUAGCCCAGCAGUUGUCUGAACGACUUGACUCCCUUGGGCUGCGAGCAGUUCACCUGCAGAGGAGGCUCCAGAAAGCGGCAUGUCCCCCUUGCUCUUUGGGGCUGGGCUGGUCGUUCUGAAUCUAGUGACGUCUGCCAGGAGCCAGAAGACAGAAUUUCUAAGUGGCUCUAGGGACCAGCCACUCUUCCGUGGAGCUGAUCGAUAUGACUUUGGCAUCAUGAUGCCUCCAGGAGGCACGGAAUGCUUUUGGCAAUUUGCCCACCAGACUGGAUACUUCUAUUUCAGUUAUGAGGUUCAGCGGACAGUGGGGAUGUCACAUGACCGGCAUGUUGCUGCCACGGCACAUAACCCACAGGGAUUUCUCAUAGACACCUCCCAGGGUGUCCGGGGCCAGAUUAACUUCUCUACCCAAGAGACAGGUUUUUAUCAGCUUUGUCUAAGUAAUCAGCAUAAUCACUUCGGUUCUGUGCAAGUGUACCUCAACUUUGGAGUCUUCUAUGAGGGCCCUGAGACUGACCACAAACAGAAGGAAAGAGAACAACUGAAUGAUACUCUGGAUGCAAUAGAGGACAGCACACAAAAGGUGCAGAACAAUAUCUUUCACAUGUGGCGAUACUACAACUUUGCCCGGAUGAGGAAAAUGGCUGACUUUUUCCUUAUCCAAUCAAACUAUAACUACGUGAACUGGUGGUCGACAGCCCAGAGCCUCAUUAUUAUUCUUUCUGGGAUCCUGCAACUGUAUUUCUUGAAGCGUCUCUUCAAUGUUCCAACAACUACAGACACAAAGAAGCCAAGAUGCUAAGCUAAGGUGACUAUAGCACCCUGGCUCUUUUCUUCUGGGGCUUAGUCGAAUCAGCUUUGUAAUGUUAUGGGACAAAAAUCAAUUUAUCUCAUUAAUGCUUUAGUCUGCUGCACACAUCUAAAAAAGCAAAAUGGCAAUAAAAUAAUAACA